GGUCCACUUAACAAGUCUGCCAAUGCUUUCGCCCUCAGUCUGCCACAGGCGUCGCCACUGUUUACCGACCCUACAGUGAUCUAUACACCCCAACUCCUGCCGAUCCCCAGAGACUGACCAACCACACCCAAGGGGCCUAUCUCAGACAAACAUGGACGGCUGCAAACUCUACUGCUUUAUAUACUUUGUUGUUGCUAUGGGAUUGGUAACACGUUCCAGAGGUCAGCUAUUUCUACCUGUGCUUGAAGAUACAACUCAUGCCACAUAUGCGCCGGAGGCUACGAGCAAGGUCAAUGAUACUGCCCCGACAGAAAUGAAAAAAACGUCUGGCCCAGAACCUUCCACAACGGCCCCAAAGAGAACCACCAUCGUCCAUAGCACAGUAACGCCCAAAGUAAAGAUCUGCAUUGCUUGGUUUGAGAUUGGGAAGGAUCAGACGGGUCAGUUACUGAUACUAGUCGGCCUGCUGGGGAUCGUCUGCAUUCUUCUGCUGGUCGUUGCGGCAGUCCUGGCCUGCAAGUUGUGCUACCUCCGGGGCCAGGUGCGGGGGAGCUAUCCCACCCGCUCCAACGGCGCGGGAAACUGGGACGCCAGCCAGGGGGACAAAGAGGUUGCGGGAACGGGUGGGGAGGAGACCAGUGUGAUGCUGGAGGAGGUGAAGCUGGUCAAAGAUGAGGAGGCGGCCCAGCCCGGAGUCCAGGGGGCGGCCGACAAGGCGGGGAAUUCCGGGGAAGGAGACGCCGGCUCCGCCAAGGAGCCCAACGGCGGAUCGACCGCCGCAGCUCCAGCAUCAGAACCGGCCCCUGCCACCGAACCGGAACCCGAGGAGAGCCCGUCUCCGCAAACCAGCCGUCCGACAGCUUCAGAGCCCGCUAUGGACAAUGCCUAGGUCGCUCAGGGACGAUGGUCCUCCACGAAAGGGUGACUGUCGUAGCCAGGCCUCGUCUUUAGCAGAGGUGGAGAAGCCAAGUUCAGGAAGUAAAAGUCCUCCCAAGUAUUUUGCUCUAAUCGCCUGGAUUUGCUUAUUAGCACAAUUCUUCAGCCAGGAGGUAGAACUAAUUCGUGGAAUCAGCUGACUGAGCUCAUGGGUGGAAGAAACACACGGCAGGACUUUUACUUUCUGACCCCAGGACUUUCCACCUCUGGCCUUUAGCCAGCAACCGCAUGCAUGAAUGUUAAAACUUUUCCCCAUGAAGAAGCCUGCAUCACCCAUGGGUGCUUGAAUUCUUUGUCAUUUGUUUUUAAACUAUUUUUCUUACAGCACCAACAUGACAUGAGUAAUAAGCUCUGCACUGUUAUGGUACAAAUCAAUACAGCAUCUUAAAUAGAGUUGUUUAUGGGACGUCCUUGUGUUUAGUGCUCCUAGCCCUUUUGAACAACAUAAUGGACCCCAGUACCACCAUACUUGACAGAGGUGACCACUUUAUUAGGGUCUUCUGCUGCUGUAGCCCAUCCACUCAAGGUUUGAGGUGUUGUGUGUCCUGAGGUGAAUGCUGUAGCGUUAGCAAAGGACGAAGCUGUUUUUCCACCAGAGAAAACUUCACUCAGUGUACAGUUAAAGAACAGCAUAUUCAUUACUUAAAAAAUUGUUUGCAUUCUAUCCAAUAAAAAGCUUAGUUUGCUGUGGAUUCAAAGUGAAACAGGGCAAAAGCUUGUGACUAAAUAAUGUAACACAUGUGCGUUUGCCAAGGAAAAUGACUCAUUGUUAUUGUGUAGGUAUACUUAAUCAUAAUGUAAUUGCAAAAACAUUACCUUGAGAUCUAUUACAAGUCUGCUUGUCUUUUUUCCACAAUGUGUUCAACUUAUUUUAUAUGUGAAUAAACUCUUCCAUUUUUAAAA